AUGGUUUACUGUGGGAAGCCGAGCAAGGGGUGCUCCAACUGCCGGGAGCGCAAGAUUCGUUGUGACCAAAAGGAGCCGGGAUGUGGCCAGUGCGACAAGCGGCAGCAGAAAUGUCCUGGCUACCGGAAUCUCGUCGACCUCAUGUUUCGCGAUGAGAGUUCCCAUGUCAUCAAGAAGGCCAAGGCGAGGGCCCGAAAGAAGGCCAAGCUGGGAAUCUCGCCACCGGGCACACCGUCAGACACGGAAAGCCGGUUUUCUGCUACGCCUGAGCCUCGCUCGCGGACGCUGUCCUUGAUCGUCCCCCAAACACCAGCUGCGGGUAUCCCGGCCAGCCGAAACCACGACGAUAGCAGCAUGCUGAUGUCGCCCGAGUCGGGAAGUUGGCCAGUGACACCACCAAUGGCGCAGCUGUACACCCUUCCGCCGGCUUGUCAGGAAGACGGCUUUGCCUAUUUCUUCUCGCGAUAUGUUACAGCCGACGAGACGGUAUCACACCAGAAGUUUGACUUUCUUCGAGACGUCUGGCGGCCUUCGCCUUCGUCGCCCGACACCCAUAUUGACGGUGUUUUGGCCAGCAUGACAGCGGUCGGGCUCAUGGGGCUAGCGAGCACGGCACAGUCACCAAGCUUGAUGGAUGCCGCGAGAAAGUCAUACGGGACGGCGCUGCGGUUGACAAACCAUGCGCUGCAGGACCCGGCCGAGGCCGUCAAAGACAGCACGAUGCUGUCGGUUCUCAUCCUCGGCGUAUUCGAGAUGAUGACGGAAAGCACGCCCCGAACAAUGACGGUCGAGGCAUUUCAGGAGCACGUCAACGGCGCGGCGGCACUUGCGCGGAUGCGAGGGCCCGCACAGUUCCAAACGCGCGCGGGGAGGCGCAUGUUCUCAAUGCUGUGCCAGAGGGUUGUCGUCAGUUGCGUCCAGCGAAACGUACCCAUGCCAGACUGCUUGAUUGAGCUCUGGCACGAAAUGUCGAAAACGACCGAACCCGGCAACCCCGAUCAACGGUUGAUGCCACUGAUGUGGCAGGUGCUGCAGCUGCGCUCCGAUAUCAAGAGCGGAUUCCUGUCCGACCCAGAGAUCAUCGUGGACAGGCUGAUUUCCAUCGAUCAAGACAUCGAGAACCAGACCUCCCAAUUUACACCUUCCUGGAAAUACCGCAUUUUCCAAUUUUUCCCCAACCCUCGACUCCUCCCGGUACCUCGAGGAGCACCGCAAAGCCCGCAGAAAGCUGAGAUACCUAGUCAGCGAAGUCACCGCCCAACAUCCCCCCAACAACUCGGGCUCAUGAACCCGGCCGACGGCACCAUCGGCAGCGGCGAUGACGACGACGACGCCGCACCCAUCGCGACCGUCGAGAUCCGCGAGACGCCCUCGCCGCCGACCUCCCCCUCCGCCCGAUCCUCGGACUCAGCGAGCAGCGUCUACAGCCCGCUGUCAGCAACGGGCGGGCCUCGCCCCUACCCCUCGGGCCUGACCGUCCUGGACGUCACCGAGGGCCGCGACGCCGAGGACAAGGCCGAGCGCUACAUGCUCCUAAUCUCGGCCACCAGCAGCGUCGUGUGGCCGCUGUUCGUCGUCGGCAUGUCGACCGCCUGCACCCCCGAGAUGCGCGCCUACGUCGUCGGCCGCCUGCGCACCCUGUACAUGGAGACGGGCAUCCGGCAGGCGGAUGCCGUCGCGAACCUGCUCGAGGAGCAUGAGUUGGCGGUUGGGACUGAGGUUGGGGCUGGGGUAGGCAUAAUAGGGCCCGGGAUGGGGCCGGGGCCGGUGCCGGGAGCAGGGUGGUUGGAUAUGGAGCUGAGGGAGCCCGGGCAGCAAGGGGUGGCGGGGCCUGGGUUGGUGGGGGAGGAGUAUGGGUUGGGGCUGAUGCCCUUGACGAGUCCUGGGGUCAUGAAACCCGAGUUCGAUAUGGUUUGGGGGUGA